GCACAGGACCCCGCAGGGGUUCCUCAUUGCUGUGGUCCGGUCGCUGGGCGUCGGAACCGACUCAGGGCACCCCACCACAGAAGAGGAGCGACGACACGGCAAAGCAGAGAGAAGGCGGCAGUCGUGCAGCACGAUCGGAGCCAGCCGGAGCAUUAAUGGCCAGAUGCCGCCACCACUCCGGGUACCUGGCGGACGAUGAGGCAGGCCACACGGUGUACAUGCGGAGGGUGCAGCCACCCCGGAAGCCGCUGUUCCCGGAAGUGGGCCCAACCUCCAGGCUGAGGCACGAACCGCAUCAGCCAUCUUUGUAUGGACAGGAAGACUCGGCUCCCCGGAGCCACCACCAAACCGCCUGGGGCACCCAGCCCUUUGGCACUUUCUUGGAUUUCCUGGCCGAAGGGCAGGUGCUGGACAGCCUACAGACUGUUGUGGAGGACGCCACGGAGUGGGUAGCGAACAUGAGGACGGAAGCUGGGGGAGCCCUAGUGGAUGUGCAGGACCCCAUAGAGGCCCCUUGCAAUGGACACCGGAUUCGGGUCCGACCCAGCCUCAGUACUGUGCAUCGACACCGGGCCAGGCCCAGUUUGUGCAUGGGCUCUCUCAACAACUACCCGUCCUGCUCCAGCACCUCGUCCAGCUCCUGCAGCAGCUUCUUUGUAGGUGGGCUGGGCUGGCGGAGCAGAGACAGCGACCUGGAAGCUCCUGGAGUUGGGCCCCUACCCCCCAUGAAGGACAGACUGCUUCUGGAAAGGAAUUUGAAGCGACUGAUGCAUCUGGAGAAAAGAGGGCGGCCUCUCUCUCCCUCUUUCCCUCCCUGUCUGCAGAAAUGUCAUAGCAUGAACUCCUCACUGUGGGACUCCCGGGGCAGCCAGGGCAGCAGUCAGUGGACGCCUGAACAGCCCUUGGCCUGGUUCUCAGAGCUGUUGGGCUCGGGCUCAACCACGCCUGCGGCCUCCAAGCUGGGGCCUGCUCAGCAGGAGUUUGUCUAUCUGAAUCGGGAGUUCCACAAGGAAAUGAAGUCUUUGCUGAACGGGCCGGACUCCAUCCAUCUGCCAGGCUACUGCCCAGCCCGAGAGCCCCACCGCACAUUGGACAUGCUGGCCAACCACCGCCUCUUCGCCGCCCUGCAGCACGUGGUCUGCCAUGCCGUGGAAAAGCUCACUGGUGCCUAUUGCCACGACGGUUACCCACUCUUCUCCCCGGAGACCAACAAGCCCACCCCGGAGCCCAGGCCAACGCCCAGCUCAGAGAAGCCACUGAGCACCGUCUCAAAGUUACCCACCAACAGGAAGGAGUCCAACAACCCACUCCCUACCAUAGCCUCCAACCCCAAGAUACGACGUGGCCAGAAAACUGCCAAGAGCAGAGAACAGGGCAGAGUCAAGGAAGAAGUCUUGCCCUCUUCUGGCAGCCAGGUGGUCACCAAAUUCAAGCCCAAGGUGACACCCACAGGAGCACUCAAAUUUCCCGGCCCCUCACCUUCCAGGCCCGAGAAACUUGACAGGUCCGACUGUGAACCCCAGAGCCAGAGGGACCAGCUCUGGUGCGGGUUGCCCCCCAUGACGAAGAUCCCUGGGAUAGUGGUGGAUAAUUCCCAGGCCAAGUUAACCAAGAAGAAGCCGCUGCCCUGUAUCUCCAAAUCCACCUCGUCCCCCUUCUCGGACCCCUGGGAGGAGGAGGGCCUCAAUUUCUUGGUGGAACAGGCGGUGGCCUUGCUCCUGUGCAAGUAUCAGUUUGAGAGGGGCCUCACCAAGCAGCUGGGUUUCAUCUCCUUCACAGUCACCGAAGUGCUCCUUGAUCUCCUCUUGGGUUUCAAGAAGGUGGCCAAGGCUGGCAUCCGUCUGUCCUCACAGAUGAACUGGUCCUGCCUGUUGCAGAAGCUAGAAGAGAGGGUGUCCCACCAGACCUCACAGCGCAGCACCUCUCAGCACCGUCCCUCUCCGCACAGCAUUUCCCAGAAAAGGCCCUUUCGGCGCAGCAUCUCCCGCCGCACCUCUGAGUCACCCUCUACACAGCCUAAGUCCACCACGGACCCGGAGGAAGCCAGCAUCCACAACACGGAGCUGCCGAGUUCUCCGGAGCUUACUGCUGAGAAGGAGCAGGAAGAGGAGGAGGAUUCCUCCAAGUCCCAAGAGGAGAUGAGCGUGGAGAUCCGAGAUGGCAGUGACGGAGAUGAGGAUGGAGCCCUCUCUACGGACGAGGCUGAGCCCACUGCUCAGGCUGAAGUCAAGACCAUCAUGACAGUGGGUCCCAGGGACCCCCCGUGA